UCAUUAGGGAAUGAGCAUAGUUUAUUUUUUAUGCCACAAGCUUGGAUUCUAGUGGUUAAUUAUUGAUUCUGUCUGUAGACACUAAGGCCCUGCUUGGAAUGUAUCUCCCAAAACAGUUUUGCUGUUUUGGGAGUUACAAAAAAGAGUUCUUGAAAAAAAUGGUCAGCUUGGAACAUAGUUACAGAAACUGUUUUUUCAAAACAAGAGCCCUAUGAGUAGCUGUUUUCUAAGAACAACUCAAACUUGUUUUUGCGAUUUUGGAGAACAUGCGGAGAACACUGUUCUCCACUUAAAAAAGCGGUCCGUACCUAUAUCGUUUAUAACAGUUUUGCGCCUCCUUCAGUCCUUCUCGCCUCCUUCAGUCCUUCUCGUCUCCUCCACGAAAAAGCUCUGCAUCACCUCCUCUGAACCCGGCAUCUCGCUCCUCUUCUCUCUACAAGAUCUCUUGCAACGCUGCACUUCUCUCCUCUGCAUCCAGACUCUUGCUCAGAUUUUUUUCAAGCUCCAUCUGUUCAGGGUUUAGUAGGAACCUUUGAGAGCAUAAUGGGGGGAUCAGAUCACAGGUUUUGUGUGAGGCAUCUUUAUGAGAAUUUCAAGCUCAGAUGGCUAGCAAUUAAAGAUUCAAUUAUGGGAUGCUGCAAGGGCAUACACUGAAGCAGAUUCCCAGCAACACAUGAGAAAAAUGACAGAGUUAAAUGUUGAAGCUUAUGAUUGAUUGACAAAGGUGCCAGUUCAUUUGUGGUUAAGGUCAGCCUUCACUGACACUUCAAAAAAUAAUAUGCUUAUUAAUAACAUUUAUGAGAGUUGGAAUGCUGUAAUCCUUGAAGCAAGAGAUAAGCCGAUCAUAUACAUGCUUGAGUGGAUUAGAAGGCAUUUAAUGUUAAGGUUUCAGUGUAAAAGGGAGUGGAUGCAUACACAGUUUGGGUUGUUAUGUCCAGAUAUCCAAAAGGCAUUCAACAAAGUGAAACAACAAGCUUCCAUGUGUAAGGUUCACUAUGUUGGUGAUGACAAGUAUGAAGUUCAAUGCUAUGGAAUCAGUAAGGCUGUUGACCUUGACAGACAUACAUGCAGCUACAGAGUUUGGAACUUAACCGGUAUUCCUUGUAAGCAUGCAGUGGCAUGUAUAUUUACUAAAAGGGACACUCCAGAGUCAUAUGUUCACCCAUUUUAUUACAAAGAAACCUAUAUGAAGUGUUAUGGUGGUAUGAUCCUUCCCAUUCCAAUGGGAAUGUUGAUGAAAACUAACAGCAUUGACACAUUGCUUCCACUGCACUAUAGGAAACCCACUGGUAGGCCAAAGAAGGCUAGGAACAAGAAGAAUGAUGAUCCCAAAGGUUCUACCAAACUUAGCAGAUCAAAGGAAAGUUUGAAAUGUUCCAAGUGCAAGGAAAAUAGUCAUAACUCAAGGGCUUGCAAAAUACCUGAGCCAUUAAUCAUUGACAGACCUCCACCAAGAAGGGGUGGUAGACCACCAAGUGUUAGAAGAGGGAGAGAAAGAGGACCUGAUGGGAUACCUGCAACAACAAGAGGAAGAAGGGGUGGUAGAGGUAGAGCCAGAGGAGUUGAUAUUCCAGCUCCAAUUGCAAAUCAAGAGGUUCAAAACAUACCAUUUUCUCAAUUGUCACAAACCCAAUCAUCAUCUUCUAGGUCAAUGAUGGAAAGUGAGUAUGCAUGCUGGUAGUGAAAAUGGCCACAAACUUGAUGAUGAUCAUGUUGAUGAAUGUUUUGUUAUAUUUUGACUAUUGCUGACAUGAAGACUCCCAUUUUUUGGUGAUUGUUCAAGUGAAUGGAGUGAAGACAUGUUAUAUUAUAAUGGCUUUUUCUUUAUUGUCAGACUGUGAUAAUGUGAAACACUAGUAUAAAACUAAGCUAUUUAUUGUCAGCCUUUUUGUUUAUUGUUAGUCUGUGUAUGAAGACUUUAUUAUGAAUGAAUGCCAU